UUGUUCCACAUUCAAAACUCACCUGCUUCCUCUCAUUCUCUCCGCAUCCUUACCGGAAGCCAACUUCCGAGUGAGGAAGUAGGGCAAUCUAAAGGCCUAAUCAUGGCUCUCCCAUUACUUUUCCUCCUGAUGUUCUCCUCCAUCUCCGUCUCGCAAUCUCACCGCCACCUUUCCCUCGACCACUACGCGAAAACCUGCCCUGAUUUCGACAGAAUCAUGCAAGAAGUCGUGACACCUAAACAAAUCUCGAAUCCCACCACGGCCGCAGCCACUCUCCGCGUCUUUUUCCACGAUUGCAUGGUGGAUGGCUGUGACGGAUCCAUCCUCAUUGACCCUGGCACCAGCAAUAACACUGAAAGAAGCCAGGAGAUCAACCAUUCUCUCUCGGGGGAUGCUUUCGAUGUCGUUGUACGUGCCAAGACCGCGUUAGAGCUGGCCUGCCCUAACGUGGUCUCGUGCUCGGAUAUUCUAGCCACAGCCACAAGGAACCUCAUUAAGCAAGUGGGAGGCCCCUACUACCCAGUCUUGUUAGGAAGAAAAGAUAGCUUCGUUUCAAUGUCGUCUCACGUCGAGCAUGGCCUAACCAGAGCAAACUCUUCGAUGGACAAAAUAAUUGCUAUUUUCGCACAAAAAGGCUUUACAGUUCGAGAAAUGGUGGCAUUGCUUGGUGGAGGCCAUACCAUUGGUUUUGUUCAUUGCAGUGAAUUUGCAAGCCGGAUAUUCAACUUCAGCGCGACCUCUGAGGUCGAUCCGAGCUUGAACCCUAACUUCGCUAAUCGACUAAGGACAUUGUGUGCUAAUUACAAGACAAGUCCUGACAUGGCUGCAUUCAUGGAUCCAAUUUCACCUGGCAAGUUCGAUAACAACUUGUACCAGAACUUGAUGAGGGGUUUGGAUGUGUUGCCAUCUGAUCAUUUGCUGAUAACUGACCCGAGAACGAGGGCAUUGGUUGCAGAAUAUGCAAGGGAUCAGAACUUGUUCUUCACAGAUUUCGCGAGAGCUAUGGAGAAGGUGAGCGUGACUGGAGUCAAGACAGGCAGGCGCGGAGAAAUCAGAACCAAUUGUAACGCCUUCAACACCAAGGCAUAAGUAAACGUGUAUAGAGGUAGAUCUUGCAGGGAUGGGAGAAUGUAUCAUUUGGUGAUCGGAGGGAAAUAAUCAGGACAAAAAAGUAAUGUUACUAGUA